AUGCGCUACGAGAUACACACAUACACCCGGUUCGAUUCCCGCACGAGGCAAAAAUUUACUGACGACACCCGUCACGAGACUGCGUGCAAAGCCACGCCACAGCCACCUCCGACCCGAUGCCAGCGUCACCACGACCAGGGCCAGCGUCACCUCCUCCGACCCGAUGCCAGCGUCACCACGACCAAGAGCCAGCGUCCCCACGAGCCAGCGGUAUCAUCAGCCGUUCGGAUACUUCCAGAUCCUCCAACCAACCAAAUGCCUGUCGAAUCUGCCGGGAUUCCUAUGGGGGCGCCCCUUUUGGAGAUUUAGCGUAGUUGGGUGGAUUUGACACGAAGUGCUGCCGCUGCAUGGGCUUCUCGAAGUUCCUUUCCGCCUCCAUUGCAGCAGUAGGCCAUUGGUAGUAUGAGUAUG